AUGAUGGAGAAAACAAUGGCGUCCUCAGAGACUACCCCUUUGUUGGCCGUCCAUGUCGCUCCGCAGCAGUACCGGUAUACUCACCAUACCAUUCGUCGUGGAUGUACUUUUGUACUUGCGUCAUUACUCACGAUCGCUACGAUCCUCUUCUUAAUCCCUUAUGCGAUUCUACCACGCGACCAUGGCUCCAUUUGGUCCUAUCUUCCAUGGGCCAACCCUCUUCCCCAUGACUCAUGGCCCCAAGGCAACGGACUUCCUUAUGAUCAACUGCAGCAAAUCCUCCUCAAUACUCCAUCUGCAGCGAAAGCUCGGGAGUGGAGCUCCUACUAUACUGCCGGUCCUCAUCUAGCAGGCAAGAAUCUCAGCCAGGCUUUGUGGACGCUGGAGAAAUGGAAGGAGUUCGGUGUGGAAGACACCACUCUUGCUUCCUAUGAUAUUUAUCUCAAUUACCCCUUGGACCACCGAUUGGCUCUUCUGAAGACAUCCAAUGAUAAGACCGAGGUCACAUUCGAGGCCACUUUGGAGGAGGAUCAGCUGGAUGAGGAUCCCACCUCCAGUUUACCUGACCGAGUUCCUGUUUUCCACGGGUACUCGGCCAGUGGUAAUGUUACUGCACAGUUUGUUUAUGCCAACUUCGGCACCUACAAAGACUUUGAGGAUCUGCUGAACGCCAAUAUUACCUUGGAGGGUAAAAUUGCCAUUGUAAAAUACGGCCGAAUCUUCCGUGGUCUCAAGGUUAAGCGUGCACAGGAGCUUGGAAUGGUUGGCGUUCUGAUCUACGAUGAUCCUCAGGAAGACGGUGAGAUCACGGAGGAGAACGGUUAUGAAACGUACCCCAACGGUCCUGCUCGAAACCCCAGUGCGAUCCAGCGCGGCAGCACACAGUUCCUCAGCAUUCUUCCUGGAGACCCUACCACACCAGGGUAUGCCUCCAAACCAGGUGUUGAACGGCAAGACCCCCAUAACUCUAUCCCUUCUAUUCCCUCCCUUCCCAUUUCAUACAAAGAGGUCUUGCCUUUUUUGAAAGCUUUGAAUGGUUAUGGACCGAAGGCAACCGAUUUCAAUCAGUAUUGGCAGGGUGGUGGCUUAACUUACAAGGGCGUUGAAUAUAAUGUCGGACCUUCUCCCGAAGAUGUCGUCAUCAACCUGAACAAUGAGCAAGAAUAUGUGACAACUCCUCUUUGGAAUGUCAUUGGUGUGAUCAAAGGAACUAUCCCCGAUGAGGUCAUCGUUGUGGGUAACCACAGGGAUGCCUGGAUUGCUGGAGGUGCAGGUGAUCCCAACAGCGGAUCCGCCGCUCUUAACGAAGUUAUCCGUAGUUUUGGUGAAGCUUUGAAACUUGGAUGGAAGCCAUUGCGCACGAUCGUCUUUGCCAGUUGGGAUGGUGAAGAAUAUGGUCUUCUGGGAUCCACAGAAUGGGUGGAGGAAAACCUUCCCUGGCUUUCCAAAGCCAAUGUCGCUUACCUCAAUGUAGAUGUUGCUGCCGCUGGUACCGAAUUUACCCCUAGAGCUGCACCGCUACUCAACCAGGUUAUCUAUGAGGUCGCUGGUCUAGUGCAAUCCCCCAACCAGACCGUGCGCGGGCAGACAGUCGGUGAUGUUUGGAACGGAAAGAUUGCAACAAUGGGUAGUGGCAGCGACUUCACAGCAUUCCAGGACUUUGCAGGUAUCGCGAGUGUCGACUUUGGAUUCGGCCGUGGUUCCAACGACCCUGUUUACCACUAUCACUCUAAUUAUGACAGUUUUGCAUGGAUGGAGAAAUUUGGAGAUGCGGAUUGGAGCUAUCACAUCGCAUGCACCAAGAUGUGGGCUCUUGCAGCCGCCCGCCUCGUCGACUCGCCUGUGAUUGCAUUUAGUGCGGCCGACUAUGCUAGUGGCCUGUAUACAUACCUUCGCCGGGCCGAACCCUCUGGUUUGCCUCGAACACACUUUGACUUCGCAGCUCUUGAUACGGCUAUUUUGGAGUUCCAGGCGUCUGCCGACGCCUUUGACGCAUACACCGCUAGUCUCGCGGAACAACUCAAUGACGAUGUCCCGUGGUAUCAUUGGUGGAAGAAAGUGAGACUUUACUUCCAGAUUCGCGUCGCCAAUGACAAGUAUAAAGGUUUGGAACGGGCGUUCUUAUAUGAGCCAGGUCUUGACGGCCGUAAUUGGUUCAAGCAUGUUGUUUUCGCCCCCGGAAUCUGGACAGGCUACUCAGGUGCCACUUACCCCGGUCUUGUGGAGAGCCUUGAGGCAGGAGAUAUCGCCAAUGCAGAGAAAUGGAGCAAGAUUAUCCAAGACCGGAUUCAUGCGGCAACCAAAUUACUGUCUUGA